UUGUUGUACAUUCCAAGAAAUAGCCAACCUGUCUUUUGACUAGAAAAUCUCGCAUGAAUCAUUGUUAUGUUGGUCGUUUGCCAUUGAACAAACCACGUGAUAUCUGAUCAGGUAUAUUUAUAGAUGAGUAUCAAUUAACGGUCUAAAAACGAUACAAAUGGAAUGAGAAAACAAGGAAAACAAGUAAAUAUUCAAAUCACAAUCAAGUAAAACCAAAAGCGGAUUAUCUAUUAAAAUGAUUAGUUUGAACAUAAACAUUACGAAAUGUGCAACAAUAAUGUUGGUGUUACAACAGAUUGUACAAGGACAAAACGAAAAGAAUUUAGCUCAAGAUAAUGUAUGUCAAAAGGAAAAUGGAAAUACUCACUGCUGCAGUGGAUAUUAUUGGCACGAUGGAAAAUGUAUAGAAUGUUUCGGGGCAUUUGGGUUAAACUGUUCAGAACCAUGCCAUAAUAUAUCAUACGGAUACCGAUGCAGAAAAACGUGUAAGUGCCAGAAUCACGAAGUCUGCAAUAAAUACACUGGCUGCCAAACAAUUGAUUAUAUCAACAACGAAUUUAAAGACAAAUGUAAAGACACUUUGCUUCUGUGUGUGAUUGGAUCUGGAUCUGUCUUGCUUUCAAUGGCCUUGUUAUUCAUCGGUGUGAUGUUUUACAGAUGGCGUAAGAUGUUGUACAAACCUAAAUCCGCUGAAAAAACAGAAGGGUUUCAAGUGGAUUUAUUCACAGUUCCGAGUAUACAGGAUAUAGUUCAGGAAAAUUACGAUGACAUUCGCGAAUCAAGAAUGCUUCUCGAUAGCAACAGAAAGGGCAACAAGGAAACCACACCAAACAGAAUAAACUCAACAGAGUAUAACCGAUUGUUCUGCAAAGAGCGUACAUCAAGCAAAACAAUGGAUGAGAUGGGUGAAGAAUAUUACAGCGCAAUCGAUGCACGUUUUAAGAGUAAACAACCGCUUGUAACAUUGUCUGAAUUUCCAGAGGACGACUGCUAUGUAAGCCUCUCCCAAAAUGCAAAGAGGAAUAAACGGAUGUCAAAAUCGUGCUCAGACAUAACUGUUGAUACAUCGGGGGUAUAUAAUAAUGUAGGAAUUCAUCAAUACUACAAUUCCAAAGUGGAUAAAAACAAUGGAAAUAUUUUAAUAGCGCAUUUAUAGUUGUGAAGCCACAUACACACUUGUGCGCGCUCUUAUAUCAUAAUGUGUAUUAAUAAGAUAUAAUUUUAUUGACAAUUGCAUAUAUUUGUACAUUGUUAAAACGCAUUCGGUAAGCUUAAUAUUCAACUAAAAACAUCAGUGCUUUUAAUCUCAUAGCAUUUAUUUAUUUUUGAAUUAAAUGCAAACAUGGAAAACUGGAUGAAAAAACUUAAUUAUUCCAAAUGACAUAGAUCGAAAAAUGUUAUUUUUAAUCUCAAUUUUGAUUUCCGCUUAUAAGUUUUAAAUAUAGUUUACAGAUAGCGCAAUCUUCCUGGUCAUUGUUGUUGAUCUGAGAUUUAACACGUGGUCGUGAAUCUCACUAACAUCUUAAAACCACUCUAGCUCAAUCAAAAAGUAUCCAAAGCACUAGAAAACCCUUGCAAAAUUUCAAGUCUUGACAAAAUAUCUUCCCGAUUUCUAGGAUGUUUCAGUCAUGAGAGUUUAUUGAUUUUAAGUUCCUUUUCCUGGUUUCUAGAAAUUGCAUAUAAUGCCAUUGGUCUUCAUAAUUUAUAGGGCUUUAUUUAAAUUGCUAGAUAAAGUACGUUUCUUUUUGUUGUAUUAAGAUUAACCUUAUCAUGUUGAUCUUUUUUAUUAUACUAAGAAAAUUAAUUGUGAAAAUUAACUCUAUUGUUUUUAAAGUUAGGUAUUGUAUAUAAAUUUACAAAUAAUAAGUUAAGCCACUGUAAGUAGUCUUGUUGAAUUAAGAUGAUUGAAACAAAAACACGGUACGAAUUAUACAAAAAAUACCAACCUUAAAGACUUUGAUUCAUGUCGAUUGCUUUUGCUUUAGAUUAACCUAUUAUUAAUGAAAAAUGGCAAUAAAAAACCGUCAACCAUCUCAAAAAUCCACAUAGCGAAAUGCAAAUUCAAAGCAGAGCAACUCUAAAAAGGUAGAGGUAAGACCAAGUGCCUGGGAAGAGUAAGCAUCCCCUGCCGCAUCUGCUGUGUGCUCAUUGUCAAAAUCAUGGAAACGGAUGAAACCGUAUUCAGUCAGCUGUAUAAAUAAUGGUGUACCAAGCAUGUUAGCUUGUGUCUUAAUGAAUCACAGUACUUGCUGACAAGUUCAUUAUAUUGACCAUAGAACGUGCGUAAAGAUGAUUGAAAUCGGGAUUUUUGAAUUUCUUGUUGCAACAACUUGUUUGCCUCGUUUAGGAAACUGAACGUAUGUAGAUUGUGUUCUUACAUAACAAAUAAAUGCAUAAAUAAAAGUAAUCUACUCUAUGUUUGUUUACCUAUGCAAGUAAAACAAGUAA